AUGAACAACUUCUCCGGAGCAUCCAUCCCCGAAUUUAUUGGUUCUCUCAUGCACUUGGAGUACCUUAACCUCUCCAAAGCUGGGUUUGGUGGACCCAUUCCUCUCCAGAUUGGAAAUCUCUCGAGCCUGCACUAUCUAGAUCUUCGGGGUGGGUACAUGUUUUAUGAUCAAGUGGGUAUGUACUCUGAAUAUUAUCCAAUAGCUCUACAUGUCAAUGACCUUCAAUGGCUCUCCCGAAUCACCUCUCUGCAAUACCUUGACUUGAGUUUCGCCAACCUCUCAAAAGCUUCAAAUUGGCUUCGUGAGAUCAAUUUGCCCCCCUAUCUGUCAGUCUUGAAAUUAUCUUCUACUGGACUACCUGGUAUUCCUUCUACUCUACAGCAUGUAAACUUCACUUCUCUCACCAUGCUUUCUCUCUCUCACAAUGCUUUUGAAUCUACCAUCCCCUCCUGGCUGCUUAAUAUUAGCAAUCUUGUUCGACUCGAACUCCGUGCUGGUUACUUUCAUGGGAGCUUAUCAAAUGCUGUAGCUAUGCUGGGGAAUCUCAACCAUUUGAAGUACCUGGAUUUCUCUGAGAACUAUAUUACUGGGGGCAUUUCACAAUCUUUGUGGAAGAAUAAGUACUUGGAGCAUUUAGAUUUAUCUGAAAACCAAAUUACUACUGCAGAAAUCAUAGGGAAUCUUAGCCAACUGAGGCACUUGGCAUUGGAUGGCAAUCAAAUUAGUGGAAAAAUUCCGGAAAACGUGAGAAAUCUUAGCCACCUAGACUAUUUAAGUUUAUCUUAUAACAGAAUUAUUGGAGAAAUUCCAAAAGUCAUUGGAAACCUCGCCCACUUGCAGAAAUUAGAUUUGUUAUGUAACAAUAUUGCCGGACAAAUACCAGAAACUAUUGGAAAUCCUAUCCAUUUAGAACAUCUAUUAUUGUCGAAUAACAAUAUUACCGGACAGAUACCAGAAAACACAUCAAAACUCUGCAACUUGUAUUCCUUCGAAUUAUCAAAUAACAGUAUUGGAGGAGACAUCACAAGACUCAUAGAAGGAUUUUCUAAACGCUUUAAUGAUAAAUUGGAUGGGAGAAGCUGUUUCCAGAGUUUAGCAUUUCUUGACUUGAACAACAAUAAUUUUAGUGGGACAAUCCCAGAACAGUUGGGCCAGUUAUCCGGACUCAUACACUUGGAUUUGUCUUUGAACUUCUUCACAGGAUACUUGACUGAGGAGCACUUUUCCAACCUCACAUCAUUAGAUUACUUUGAUCUAUCUUACAACUCCUUGGCAAUGAUCCCAAGUGAUGGUUGGAUUCCUUCUUUCAAUGCUUCUUAUAUCUAUAUGACCUCUUGCCAUUUGGGACCUAAAUUUUCUGCUUGGCUUCAAAUGCAGACACAUCUGAAAUCAUUGUGGCUAGAUGAAACUGGAAUUUCCGGCAAGAUUCCAUCAUGGUUGUGGUAUAGGGAUAUUUUUGACCUCAAUAAUAUCAACGACAUGAGGCAGUUGGAAUCACUCGAUUUAUUAAUGAAUGAUCUCUCAGGCCAAAUUCCUCAAACCAUGCUUGCUUUGAAUUACUUUAGUGACUUGAACUUAUCAUAUAACAACUUAUCCGGAAGAAUUCCAUCAAAGGGCCAAUUUGUGACCUUCAAUGACCCCUCUAUCUACAUUCAUAAUCUUUUUCUUUGUGGACAACCACUACCAAACUGCUCUAUUAAUGUAUCUCCACAUCACGAAGAGGAAGAAGUAGAUGAAGAUGACUUUGAUAUGAUAUGA